AUGCAGGGCGGCAACGCGAGCCGCCCCGAUGGCCGCUUCCCCCGCGAGGCGCGCCUCUCGCUGGCCGCCGUGCUCAUCCUGACCAUCGUGGGGGACAUCCUGGGCAACGCGCUGGUGAUCGCGGCCGUGCUGAGGAACAGGAAGCUCCGCAACGCCGGUAAUAUCUUUGUCGUCAGCCUAUCUGUGGCGGACCUCGUGGUUGCGGUGUACCCGUACCCCCUCAUCCUGACCGCCAUCUUUCACAACGAAUGGACAAUGGGACACAUCCAUUGCCAGGUCAGUGGCUUCUUCAUGGGCCUGAGUGUCAUCGGUUCCAUUUUCAACAUCACUGCUAUUGCCAUCAACAGGUACUGCUACAUCUGCCACAGCCUCCGAUAUGACAAACUCUUCAACCUGAAGAACACCUGUGGCUACCUUUGCCUGACCUGGCUGCUCACUUUGGUGGCGAUCGUGCCCAACUUCUUCGUGGGGUCCCUGCAGUACGACCGUCGGAUUUAUUCCUGCACUUUUGCUCAGACAGCCAGCAUGUCAUACACCAUCGUGGUGGUGGUGGUGCAUUUCAUCCUCCCGCUCGCCGUCGUGACGUUUUGCUACCUGCGGAUUUGGAUCCUGGUGAUUCAGGUCAAGCACCGAGUGAGGCAGGAUGGCAGGCAGAAGGUGAGAGUGGCUGACAUCCGGAAUUUCUUGACCAUGUUUGUGGUUUUUGUUCUCUUUGCUGUGUGCUGGGGGCCACUCAACUUUAUUGGUCUCGCAGUCUCCAUCAAUCCUUCUAAAAUCAUACCACAGAUACCAGAGUGGCUCUUUGUGGUGAGCUAUUUUAUGGCUUACUUCAACAGCUGUCUCAAUGCUGUGAUCUAUGGCCUUCUCAACCAGAAUUUCCGGAAGGAGUUCAAAAGAAUCCUCAUUGCCCUCUGGAUUCCACGGCUGCUGUUUGUCGAUGUCUCAAAAGGUGGGACAGAGGGAAUGAAAAGCAAACCAUCUCCAGCUGUGACGAACAACAACAACAACCAGGCUGAAGUCUACUUAUAA